AUGUCAUUUGAUUGUUUACCGGCAGAAGUGCUACCAGACCAGAGCUGGCAUCUCAAGCUUCCAGAGAUGGAACGAUCGUAUCGAGAAGAACCUGUAGAUCUUGAAGCUUCAUUGCUUCAAAUGAUCAAUGAUCACAACCAUACUUCUGCCAUACUACGCGAACGCACCGAUAAAGCAAAGAAAAAAGCAAUUCAGACUGCAGUGCGCGUUUCAGAUCUGUUGGUGAAUUCAGUGAAUGAGGGUGUGCAACAGGUCUUCAUAAACGAGAAGCGAAUUGAAAUGGAAAUUCGAGCUUUAGCUGCAACUAUUAUGCAAUUUACGAAGCAGACCGAUCAGUGGCUCACAGCUUCCCAUGCUAUUAACACUGCCGUUAAGGAAAUUGGAGAUUUCGAGAAUUGGAUGAAGAUAAUGGAACUUGAUUGUAAACGCAUUAGUGCUGCAAUCUGCAACAUUCACCAAGAAUGA